AAUCCGAUGUUGCCGUUACACUGUGUUUCAUUCGAGAGAAAUCGUUGAAUAGAGUUUCUUCUCUUCGUUGGGCCCUAUUGGUAAAGAAACAUGGGUAUCGACAUCAACCACAAACAUGACCGUAAAGUCGUUCGACGUGAACCCAGGUCUGAAGAUGUCUAUGUUCGACUUUUGGUGAAGUUGUACAGGUUUUUGGCUAGACGAACUAAGGCCAAGUUCAAUCGUAUUAUUCUGAAACGAUUGUUCAUGUCUAAAAUCAACCGACCCCCUCUGUCAGUGUCGCGUUUGUCCAGGCACAUGAAGAAAGCUGGAAGGGAAGGAAAGAUUGCUGUUGUUGUUGGAACCUUGACAGAUGAUCCCAGGAUCUUCAAAAUCCCAAAGCUCACAGUUUGUGCAUUACGUGCAACUGAGAGAGCUAGAGCCCGUAUCCUGAAAGCCGGUGGCCAUGUCUUGACUUUUGACCAGUUGGCUUUGAGAGCACCAACAGGCAAAAACACUGUUCUGAUUCAAGGAAAACGUAAAGCUAGGGAAGCCAACAAACACUUCGGACCUGCUCCAGGUGUUCCUGGAUCACAUACCAAGCCAUUGGUUCGUUCUAAGGGACGAAAAUUCGAACGUGCUCGUGGUCGCAGGUCAUCUUGUGGUUACAAAAAGUAAAAUCACGCUACUUCUUAAGGUUUUUGUAUUGGUUAUCAAAAAUUAAUACAAUCUUGUAACCUA